CUCUCUAAUUGGGAAAGAUAUAUACCACAAUUAUUUUUGUCAAGUACCUUUUUUUCCCAAAUCUUAAUUCCUUUUUCUCUAUAUUGAAAUCUGGCUUUCCAUUCUCUCUCUCCUCUUCUUCUUCCUGUGGGUUGUGGGUUGUCUUUUGGUGGAGGAAUGCUUGUCUCCUACUCCUUUUAGUUCCCACUCUCCCUUGUACUCCUUCUCCACACCGCCCCUCCUCUCUGUAGAACAUAAUGGAAAUAUAGAAGCUUCACACUUCCAUCACCUUCUUCACCUCUCCAAACUUCGUGAUAUCUUUAGUCUUCUGCUUCUGUUGCUAUGGAGCACACUUGCAAGCUCUGCUUCCGCCGCUUCGCCAAUGGCCGAGCUAUGGGAGGUCACAUGCGUUCUCACGUGACUUCAGCCGCUCCUCCGGUCAAAGUCCAUCUACUCCACGACUUCUCCGCUUCCUCCUCCUCCGCGUCCCCCCGGGAAGCGCCGGCGGUGGCGGUGGAGGAAGUAGAAGAGCGGGGCGGCGACGAGGAUGGUAAGGGGAUUGGGCUAUGCUACAGCCUUAGAGAGAAUCCGAGGAAGAGUUUCCGGCUGGUGGAUCCGGAGUUCUCCUUGUCCUUCGCCGCAGUGGACGCCGGCUCCUCCUCCGUCGUCCAGGACGGGGAGAGCGAGACGGAGCCCUCCCGCGCCCCGCCCUCCCAUCGCGGCCGCUCCAAGCGCCCCCGCCGAUCUCCCUUACCCCCGCAGGAGCCCCCCGAGCCGGAGCCGGCCAGCUCCGUCUCCGACACCACCCCCGAGGAGGACGUCGCCCUCUCCCUCAUGAUGCUCUCACGCGACUUCUGGACCAAGACCAAGUCCGAAGCCGAGGACGACGACGGGAAGCAGCGAUCGGACGGCUGGGAUGAAGAGGAUGAGGCGAAGAAGGAGAAGGGCCAGAUCGCCGCCGGCCGAUUGCAGCCGCUGCCGCGGUCGCCGGCGUCGGCGAGGGUGAAGAGCAAGUACCAGUGCGGCACGUGCAAGAAGCUGUUCCGUUCGUACCAGGCGCUGGGAGGCCACCGGGCGAGCCACAAGAAGAGCAGGGGUGGAUGCAUCCCGGCCGUCCAGGCUCGGAUCCACGACGUGGAGUCCUCCGAGGGCAAUGCCGAUCGGGAAGCCGGCAAGGUCCACGAGUGCUCCUUCUGCUUCCGCGUCUUCGGCUCCGGUCAGGCCCUCGGCGGCCACAAGCGCUCCCACCUCGCUUCUUCCGCUGCCGCCACGACCAUCACCGCCUCCUCGCCGGCGCCGCUCCCCCCGCCGCCGUCCUCCUCUGGCAUCGCCAAGUUCGGGGAAAGCUUCAGCUGCAUCGAUCUCAAUCUCCCGGCUCCAUUAGAGGACGAGGCCGAGCUCUCCGCCGUCUCCGAUGCCGAGUUUGUUGCGAACUAUCCAUCAAACUGAGACCACUUACUCUCUUCAUAUUCAUCUACAAUCCCCAAUUCGAUCGCUCCGAACUCCAGAGCGAGCUGAUCAAGUAUAGAAUCCAGUCGAGUCGGGAGCCCAUUCAAACUUUCGAGGUAAGAACUACAAAAGAAACUACUGCCAACUUGAAGAAGAUCAAACGAAAGUUUGAAUCUCCUUCAAUAUUAAAUCUGGAAAGACGAGUGAUUUACUGAUUUCUUUGUAUCUAUCUAUCUAUUGCUCCUCCUUUUCUUCUGCUGACAUUGAUCUCCAUUUUUUUAUGUGUGUAUUGAAGAAAUUGUUCCUGGCUUUAAGUUACAGCUGCUUACAGCAGCAGCUUAGCAGUAGCUUGGAUUGAUGGAAAUCGAGAAACUUCAUUUUAAUUUAAUUAUUCCUUCUCCAUUUCACUUUAUUACUGCUAAUAUCCCUGGUAUCCAUAAUCUA